AUGGCUGGAACUUAUUAUUUUGUAAUUGUUGGCCAUUCUGAUAACCCCAUUUUUGAAAUGGAUUUUAUACCAGUUACCAAAGAAGUAAAGAAGGAAGAUAACAGACAUCUAAACCAGUUUAUAGCCCAUGCAGCCUUAGAUUUGGUUGAUGAACAUAUGUGGAAGGGUACAAGUACUUAUCUUAAGUCUGUAGAUAAGUUCAAUCAGUGGUUUGUCUCUGCGUUUGUUACAGCUAGCCAGAUGCGUUUUAUAAUGGUUCAUGAUGCCAGAAAUGAAGAUGGUAUAAAAAAUUUCUUCACAGAUGUAUAUGAAGCUUAUAUAAAACUUAUGUUAAAUCCAUUUUACAAAGAAGACACAGUUAUUACCUUCUCAGCAUUUGAGAAGAGAGUGCAAUUACUUGGGAAGAAAUACUUGACAUAG